UGCGGCGCGGCACGCACGGGCGGUGCGCGGGUGGGCGGGUCCUGGUGGCGCGGCCUGACGGACCCUAGCGGCGGGAGUCUGCGGGUAUUUUUUUCGGGGGUGGCGAGCCUGGAACGCACGCGGUGCUGUACAACAUGGCGGACGAGGAAGUAGUUAUUUUACCAAAGAAACAUAAGAAGAAAAAGGAGCGGAAGUCUUUACAAGAAGAAGAUGUAGCUGAAAUACAACAUGCUGAAGAAUUUCUUAUCAAACCAGAAUCCAAAGUGGCUCAGUUGGAUACAUCUCAGUGGCCCUUGUUGCUAAAGAAUUUCGAUAAGCUAAAUGUAAGGACAACACACUAUACACCUCUUCCUUGUGGUUCAAAUCCUCUGAAGAGGGAGAUUGGGGACUAUAUCAGGACAGGUUUUAUUAAUCUUGACAAGCCCUCUAACCCCUCUUCCCAUGAGGUGGUAGCCUGGAUCCGACGAAUACUUCGGGUAGAGAAGACAGGACACAGUGGCACCUUGGAUCCAAAGGUGACUGGCUGUUUAAUCGUGUGCAUAGAACGUGCAACACGUUUGGUGAAAUCACAACAGAGUGCAGGCAAAGAGUAUGUGGGAAUUGUCCGGCUGCACAAUGCUAUUGAAGGGGGGACUCAGCUUUCUAGGGCCCUAGAAACUCUGACAGGUGCCCUGUUCCAGCGACCCCCACUUAUUGCUGCAGUAAAGAGGCAACUCCGAGUGAGGACUAUCUAUGAGAGCAAAAUGAUUGAAUAUGAUCCUGAAAGAAGACUAGGAAUCUUUUGGGUGAGUUGUGAGGCUGGCACCUACAUUCGGACACUGUGUGUACACCUUGGCUUGUUGUUGGGAGUUGGCGGUCAGAUGCAGGAACUUCGGAGGGUUCGUUCUGGAGUCAUGAGUGAAAAGGACCAUAUGGUGACAAUGCAUGAUGUGCUUGAUGCUCAGUGGCUAUAUGAUAACCACAAGGAUGAGAGUUACCUGCGGCGAGUUGUUUAUCCUUUGGAAAAGCUGUUGACAUCCCAUAAACGAUUGGUUAUGAAAGAUAGUGCAGUAAAUGCAAUCUGCUAUGGGGCCAAGAUUAUGCUGCCAGGUGUUCUCCGAUAUGAAGAUGGCAUUGAGGUCAACCAGGAGAUUGUGGUCAUCACUACCAAGGGGGAAGCAAUCUGCAUGGCUAUUGCGUUGAUGACCACAGCAGUGAUCUCUACCUGUGACCAUGGUAUAGUAGCAAAGAUCAAGAGAGUGAUUAUGGAGAGAGACACCUACCCUCGGAAGUGGGGUUUGGGUCCAAAGGCAAGUCAGAAGAAGCUAAUGAUCAAGCAAGGUCUUCUGGACAAGCAUGGCAAACCCACAGAUAACACUCCUGCCACCUGGAAGCAGGAGUACAUUGACUACAGGUGA